AUUGUUACAUUCUCACUACCGGGGCCGGCCGGGGCGAGACCGGCUUACAAAAUCUUCGUCUUCUCGCCCCCCUUUCCCCCCCUCGCCGUCACCAAAAAAAAUCAAAUAAAGACGACGACAUUCUCGACAGCCGCCGAGAAGUUAAAAAAGGUGAAAGACGAAGAAGCUAACCGAGGUGGGCGAGCGACGACGACAAAAGAUGUCGGCGCUUUUCUUCAUUUUUUUAAAUCCCCCCACUGAGAGAUACUUUUCUUCCUCCACUUUGUCACCAUGCCGCUGAAAUAAACCGUUUAAAGCCCUCUGGACACACGACAAAGAGGAGUGGUGGCCCUCUGGAGGAACAAUGACUAUGGAGCUGCCACGGCCAGCGGCUCUUUAAACUCAACAAGGACAUUUUUUUUUCCAUUCAAGUGAUGAAGUAAUCCAUGAAUUUUGGAGAAAGAAGAAACUGCCUGUUUGUGGCCCAGACGCAGUUUCCAUGGAGGCAGGCUCGUCCCUCAGUCUCAAACGACGAUACGAAGAGGUGGACAACGUCUCUCCCUUCUCUACGCCCAAGGACUCUGACGAUGACAUCUCCAGCAGCGACAGCGCCGACAGCUGCGACAGCCUCAACGCCUCCUCCAGGACCGAAUUCACCCCGACCUCCAUCCUCAGGCGACACAAGCCGUCGCCGGGAGGCAAGCGGGUGCGUUUCGACGCGGUGACGGUGUACUACUUCCCCCGGCGGCAAGGCUUCACCAGCGUGCCCAGCCAGGGGGGCAGCUCGCUGGGCAUGGACCACCGCCACUCGUCCAUCCGCCGCUACACGCUGGGCGAGUUUGCCCGGGAGCAGGAGAGCAGCCAUCGCCACGCCUUACGCCAGCACCUGCGCCAGGAGAAGCUCAACGCGCGCAAGAUGAAGCUGACCAGCAACGGCACGGUGGAGUGCGCCCAGGCCGACAUGCUGACCUUGGACGACGUGUCGGACGAGGACUUGGACAUGGACGCCGUGGAGGUGGACGACUGCUUCUUCCUGCAGCCGCUGCCCACCAAGCGGCGCAGGGCCCUGCUGCGGGCGUCCGGCGUCGCCCGCAUCGACGCCCGGGAGAAAACGGAGCUGCGGGCCAUCCGCCUGUCGCGGGAGGAGUGCGGCUGCGACUGCCGCCUGUACUGCGACCCUCGACACUGCGGCUGCAGCCAGGCCGGGAUCAAAUGCCAGGUGGACAGAAUGUCCUUCCCGUGCGGAUGCACCAGGGACGGCUGCGGCAACACGGCGGGCCGCGUGGAGUUCAACCCCCUGCGUGUGCGCACGCACUACCUGCACACCAUCAUGAAGCUGGACCUGGAGAAGAGGACCGUGCUGCUGCCGCUCCCCGCCGGGUCGUACGCAGAGUCCGACCCGGCCUUCGCCCCGGCUUGCCUCUCGUCCCCGGAGGCGGAGAAGGAGGAGGACGUCCUGGAGCGAGAGAACGAGACCGCCGUGUUGCACCUGCAGAGCGCCGAGGAGCAGGAGAGGCUGGAGAGGGAGGUGCAGGCGCAGCCGCCGGGAAGUCUGGGGGCGGAGCUCCCCGCACAUGGGGAGGAGCCACAGGUGGAGGAGGUUCUGCUGCAAGGCCCCUUCCCCGCCGUGCUGUGCAUUAACCAGGAGGCGGAGGAGGGGAACCCUGCUGAUGUUCUCACAGACUCCGCCCCUCUCCUCUACUACCAGCUCAGCUCCAUAGAGCCCGCCGCCUUCGAGACCCCCGCCGCCUUCGAGACCCCCGCCGCCUUCGAGACCCCCGCCGCCAGUGCGCCGGGAGCGAGCGAGCUGGAAGGCGACGAAUCAAAGCUCCCAAUUCAGGAAGCGGCGACGCCCUCCACCGACCGACUUCCUGCCGACCAUUAAGUCCCAGCUUGUCUGCGCACGUUUUGCACAAACCGCUUCCAAGAAGUAAAAGUUUCACCGUGCUCGCUUGUGGCUGAAGCACAGGAACAUCUUGAGUGAAAAAAAAAAAAAAAAAAUGCACAGGAGGAAGAACUGCUAGCAAAGCAAAAAAAGCGACGUAGCGAAAAUUUAAGUCAAGCCAAAUGACGGCGAAAACUGACCUAAUAAUCCUGGAAAUACUUGUUCUCCUGUACUGUACCAGAGUCUGCGCUAAUGUGACAUCACUACAGUAGAUCCCCGACUACUCGCCGCUGUAAAUAACCAUCCAUUUUCUACCGCUUGUCCCUUUCGGGGAGGUGCUGGAGCCUAUCUCAGCUGCAUUAGGGCGGAAGGCGGGGUACACCCUGGACAAGUCGCCACCUCAUCGCAGGGCCAACACAGAUAGACAACAUUCACUCUCCAUCCAUCCAUCUUCCUCCGCUUAUCCGAGGUCGGGUCGCGGGGGCAGCAGCCUAAGCAGGGAAGCCCAGACUUCCCUCUCCCCAGCCACGUCGUCCAGCUCCUCCCGGGGGAUCCCGAGGCGUUCCCAGGCCAGCCGGGAGACAUAGUCUUUCCAACGUGUCCUGGUCCUCCUACCGGUCGGACGUGCCCUAAACACCUCCCUAGGGAGGCGUUCGGGUGGCGUCCUGACCAGAUGCCCGAACCACCUCAUCUGGCUCCUCUCCAUGUGGAGGAGCAGCGGCUUUACUCUGAGCUCCCCCCGGAUGACAGAGCUUCUCACCCUAUCUCUAAGGGAGAGACCCGCCACCAGGUGGAGGAAACUCAUGUCGGCCGCUUGUACCCGAGAUCUUGUCCUUUCGGUCAUGACCCAAAGAUCAUGACCAUAGGUUUAGUUUAGUCUUUAUUUGAAGGGACAAUGCACAGAAACAUUCAGCUCAAAGACAGAUAUGUUCUGUACCAGAUUAUAGCUAAAUAGCUAAUUUCCAUCUGCAGUCCCUGGCUACCUAAAUUAAAGGGAUACAAAAAUCAUGCAAUAAAAUGAUGACAAUAAAAUCAUACUAUAGCAUGUAAUCAAAUUAAGAAAAGUCAUAAAAUGCCCUUUCAUGGACACAUACUUAAUAUACAAUACAGCCACACCUCAUUUACAUCAUCACACAAAGACAAUACAUGCUGUUGUUCACAUCUGUCAUCAUUUGUAAAAACAACCAUGAUUUUAACACACACACCUCACAAUUUACAACAUAAUGCUCUCAUGGAUAAAUAUAAUACACAUUAAGUUGAUGUGUCAAACAUAGUGGCCACCUUAUUGACCGUGUGAGCAGCUUUGAUUGCUCCAGAGCCACUUUUUAACUUGAAUGAAGAGUAAUCUGUUAGACUUUUCAAGUUUGUUGUGAGGUCGUUCCAUUCCUUUAUGGCCUUAUAUGAAAUGGCUGAUUGGUGAGGAUGGGAAUGUAGAUCGAGCGGUGAAUUGAGAGCUUUGCCUUCCGGCUCAGCUCCUUCUUCACCACAACGGAUCGAUACAGCGUCCGCAUUACUGAAGACGCCGCACCGAUCCGCCUGUCGACCUCGCCAUCCACUCUUCCCUCACUCGUGAACAAGACUCCCAGGUACUUGAACUCCUCCACCUGGGGCAGGGUCUCCUCCCCAACCCGGAGAUGGCACUCCACCCUUUCCCGGGCGAGAACCAUGGUCUCGGACUUGGAGAUUCACACUCACAUCACCAAUUAAUAUUUAUUAUUAUUAUUAUAAUAUAAUAUAUAUACAAAGGUACCAAAAAUGUGUACUGUUGAGUACCGGUACCGAUUCAAAUGUGAGCGGUGCUCAUCCCUACUGGUGAUCUUCAGUGCAGCACACUCCAGAUAUAUAUGGCUUUUAUUUCAUGUUUAAAGAGCAGUUAAAACAGUGUUUUAUGCUCUUACUUUGAAAAUAUUACAUUUAUCAACAAUGAUCCUACUUUUUGGAAAUGCCACACCACGUUCACCACAGUCAGGCCCGGAGUUAAUUAGCCGCGAUAAACGAGGGACGUCUGUGUCUGGAUGGUUUCUGAAACAGCAAGUGUUUAGAUGGCGCUAUCUGCAGGUCCGUCUGAAUCCAGCAGAGGGCGACGCUUUGAUGUAACUGCACGCUUUGUGAGUACCAUACCGUGUACUCACCACACUUUAUGCCUGAAAUUGUGCAUUCAUGUGCAUUUUAAAUGCAAAUAACUGGCAGGCAUAUAAAAAAUAAGAGCUUUGAGGGAUUUUUUUUAAGUGCAUCUAUUUGCGACUAGCGGGGAUCUGCUGUAUUAUUCCUGCUAUUAUUAUUAUUCAUAUCUUUGUACAAUGAUCUCUUGUGAGCGACUGUUGCAAAGGUCCUGUCUUCAUUCAUCCUUGCUGAGUUGUUCUAGAAUGUUUCGCGACCCGCGUCACGCCCCACCGUGCAGAUCUUUGGAGAUAUGGUGGAUGUCCAACGGAAAACAUGUAACUCCAUUUUGGUUUUACCAUCCAUCCAUCCGUUUUAUUCUGGACUCUCACACUAUUAUGUUAGAUCCACUAUGGACUGGACUCUCACACUAUUAUGUUAGAUCCACUAUGGACUGGACUCUCACACUAUUAUGUUAGAUCCACUAUGGACUGGACUCUCACUAUUAUGUUGGAUCCACUAUGGACUGGACUCUCACACUAUUAUGUUAGAUCCACUAUGGACUGGACUCUCACGCUAUUAUGUUAGAUCCACUAUGGACUGGACUCUCACACUAUUAUGUUAGAUCCACUAUGGACUGGACUCUCACUAUUAUGUUAGAUCCACUAUGGACUGGACUCUCACGCUAUUAUGUUAGAUCCACUAUGGACUGGACUCACACUAUUAUGUUAGAUCCACUAUGGACUGGACUCUCACUAUUAUGUUAGAUCCACUAUGGACUGGACUCUCACACUAUUAUGUUAGAUCCACUAUGGACUGGACUCUCACUAUUAUGUUAGAUCCACUAUGGACUGGACUCUCACACUAUUAUGUUAGAUCCACUAUGGAC